AACAUGUCCGACCAGCUUUGCAAACUCUUCGUCGGCGGCCUCAACGUCGAUACCGACGACGACGGCCUCCGCAAACACUUCGAGCAGUUCGGCUCCCUCACCGACUGCGUGGUGGUGGUCAACAAACAGAUCCAACGCUCCCGCUGCUUCGGUUUCGUCACCUACUCGACGCCCGAAGAGGCCGACGCCGCCAUGGUUGCAAAGCCGCACAUCGUCGACGGCAACACCGUCGAAGUGAAGCGGGCCAUGUCCCGGGAAGACGCCAACAAACCCGAAGCCCUCGCCAAGGUGAAGAAAAUCUUCGUCGGCGGACUCAAGGACGACAUCGAAGAGAACGAUUUGUGCGAGUAUUUCUGCCAGUACGGCCAAAUCGAGAAGUCUGAGGUGAUCUCCGAGAAGGACUCGAAGAAGAAAAGAGGCUUUGGCUUCGUGUACUUCACGGACCACGACGCCGCCGACAAGGCCGUGGUGAUUAAGUUCCACACUAUCAAUGGACAUAAGGUGGAGGUGAAGAAAGCCCUCACUAAGCAGGAAAUGCAGGCCGCCAACAGAGGCGCAAUGUCCCCGAGAGGAAGGCCCGGCCGAGGCAUGAGGGGGAAUCAAAAUGGCUACGGCGGUAGAGACUACGGCGGAAACUACAGCUACGGAAAUGGCGGCGGCGGAGGCUACGGCGGUGGCUAUGGGGGAUACGGUGGACAUUACGGGGGUGGCUACGGCGACCAAGGCGGCUAUGGUGGUGGAAACGGCUACAGCGACUUCGGCGCCGGCUACGGCCAACAUUCCUCCGGCUACGGUCCCAUGAAGGGACCCUUCGGCGGCCAGCGUAAUCCGGCUCCCUACGCCCGGGGAGGUGGUGGCGGUUACCCCCGAGGUGGCUACAGUGGCGGCUACUAA